UGUUUAAUACUGAGUUAACAUUGUACUUAUGCCUAUUGUAAGUCAAUAUUUUAUCCCAGUUAUAAAAUAUUUCAUACUUUUCUUUUGCGAAACAGCAUUAUGCAAUCUGAAAAAAUGGUGUGAAAGUAACGUUGAAAAGACUUGGAAGGACAAAUAAAGGAGUUAACUGAGGCUUAACGAGGUGUGAACCAGUCUGAGUGAACCAGGACAUAACGAGGGGGCGCCAGCGAAGUCAGUGAACUGUGAGCCAGUCUGAGUGAACCAGGACAUAACGAGGGGGCGCCAGCGAAGUCAGUGAACUGUGAGCCAGUCUGAGUGAACCAGGACAUAACGAGGGGGCGCCAGCGAAGUCAGUGAACUGUGAGCCAGUCUGAGUGAACCAGGACAUAACGAGGGGGCGCCAGCGAAGUCAGUGAACUGUAAAACAGAUUUAAAUGUGUAAAUCAGAUGACCAAGUUCUUUGAAAUAAAUGAAAAUAAUCUGUGAGAAUGAGAAGACAUAAACAAAGCCAUUACAGUACAAUAUCACAGCUGAAACAGUGACAAACAUCGAGGACAAACCUCUGUGCUUCUGCCCAAACCCAAAUCAGUGAAAUAUAGGAAGAUACAUUAAACUUAGCGAAGUAACCCCAUUUAAAAUCGGCAGUAGGCUGAAACCAGUUUGCGUCCUAACUAUAGUAAGAAUCAAGAGGUCACAGAUCGCUGGUGUGGCCCCAGGGAGUGUGGCCCCAGGGAGUGUGGCCCUAGGGAGUGUGGCCCCAGGGAGUGUGGCCCCAGGGAGUGUGGCCCCAGGGAGUGUGGCCCCAGGGAGUGUGGCCCCAGGGAGUGUGGUAGUGGAGCGGCCACAUCUCACCAUGGAUCCCGCCAGGAUUCUGCAGAUUAUCACUAACAGCACCUGGAUGGUGACCAAACUGGUCGGGAGUGGACCGGUGGAGUUCGAACCCUCGCAGUACGUGACAGAAGUGCAUGAGAACACUUGCCCGGACCUCCUCCUGCAGCUGACAGCCAGAGUCCAGACUCCAGGCGAGCCUCUGGAGUUCAAGAUUAAGGAAGGAAAUGAAGGAGGACUCUUCUCGCUAGACAGUACAAGUGGACGACUCACACUUACUCACCCACUUGACUUCGAACAGCAGGAGCAGCACGACCUGGUGGUGGAGGCGACGACAGGUGCGGGGCGGAGCGAGGCGCGGGUCGUGGUGCGGGUCGUCGACCAGAACGACCACGCCCCCGCCUUCCCCAGGUCGCUCCACGAGACGCAGAUCACAGAGGAGGACGACAGACACCUCCCCAAGACUAUCCUUACGGUCACAGCCAAGGACGAGGACGCCGGCGACUUCGGCCACUUGCGGUAUUCUCUCUCCGGUGACGGCGUCUACACCAACGGUUCGAGGCCUUGCUUCGCUGUUGACCCGGCCACCGGGGCCAUCCACCUCCUACGGCCACUGGACCGCGACCCGCCUUACGGACGGUCACAGUGGAGGCUGCAGGUGACGGCGUCAGACGGGCUGCAGGAGGCCACCACAGCCGUCCACGUCAACCUCAAAGACAUCAACGACAACGCCCCGUAUUUCCCACAGCACAUCGUCAACGCCACCAUCUCCGAGAACACUCCCGAGGGAGCGUCGGUAGCACAGGUGUCGGCCACCGACAACGACGACCCACGGGAGGGACACAAUGCCCGCCUCGUCUACUCUCUGGAGAAAAACGUCAUCGACGAAGCGUCAGGUCGACCCAUCUUCGCUGUGGACAGUGAGAUGGGUCACAUCACUACGGCGCUGUGUUGCCUCGACAGAGAGAAGACACAACGCUACGCUAUCCAGGUUGUGGCUACAGACGGAGGCGGACUCAAAGGUACAGGGACGGUGCUGGUGGAGGUGGCCGAUGUGAACGACGUGCCUCCGAGGUUCUCCAAGCCAGAGUGGACCCUGGACGUGUCGGAGAGUCUCCCACCAGACCAUGUCCUCGCCACGCUCUCCGUCCUCGACCAAGACGUCUCCAAUAACUUUACUUUUAGGGUGGUCCCUGGCAGUGGGCGUGGGUGGGACAUGUUCCGGGUGUCUGGGCGUCGUGGUGGGGGCCCUGGCGGGGACCUCAGGGCCGUCGCCCCGCUCGAUUACGAGAACCCAGAACACCGGCGAGGCUUCCGCUUCAGAGUCCAAGUGACCGACAUGGGGACGUCUGGCUGGCAGGAGAAGUAUCACCUGGACGCUACCUGGGUCAACCUUCACCUAGUGGACGCCAACGACAACUCGCCCACCUUCACAGAGGACCACAAGCACCUCACACUGCCCGAAGAUACUCCUACAGGCACGCACCUCGCUACCUUCACCGCUCAUGAUAUUGAUGGGGGAGGAGAGAGCAGAGUGAAUUACACCAUCGCCCCGGCAAGCGAUCCUGGAGGGCUGUUCAACGUGGACGGGACGGGCGGGGUGGUGUUGGUGGGCGAACUGGACCGUGAGAGUGCCCACGACCACACGCUGCUGGUGUGGGCGGUGGACGACGGUGUGCCGCCCAGGACUGCUACAGCCACCCUCACAGUGAAUGUAACUGAUGUGAAUGACAACCCGCCAUUUCUGGCCGAACCGCGGGAAGUACAAGUGGUGGAGAACGCCAUGCCGCAGGUGGUGGCCGAGGUCAGGCUCGGUGACCCAGAUGACUGGAAGCUAGGUCACGGCCCACCCUUUACCAUCACCCUUGACCCCCGCGCUCCGCUACACAUCAGAGCAACCAUCAACGUCAAAUUCAACAAGAGAGGAGACGAGGGCCGUGGGAUGGGUGUGGUGUCGACCAUGACGAUGCUUGACCGGGAGGAACGCCGUGCCCUGCUGGUGCCGCUGGUGGUGGGAGACAAUGGGUCGCCACCCCUCUCCACCACGGUGACGCUCACUCUCCACGUUGCCGACCUCAACGACAACCCCAUGGCUCCCGCCACCAAGACCAUCACCGUACAUACCAUCCAGCCACAAAGUGCGGCAGUGCCCCUGGGACGGGUGUAUGUCAGAGACCCGGAUGACUGGGAUGCUGACGCCAAAACCUAUGCCUGGAGAACGCCACCACACCCGAGCUUCACCCUCAACGCUACCACGGGCUCCCUGUCUAUGAUGCCCAGCACCCAGGAUGGCAGGUAUGACCUAGGCUUCACCGUGAGCGACGCUAGCCAAGGCCAGUCAGGGGUCAAGGCCAAUGUCACGGUCAAGGUCAAGUCAUUAAGCCGUAGUGACGUUCUGGCAGCGACACCUCUCACACUGGCUGCUGACCCCUGUCAUGUCGUUAAGGAAGGAGAGGAAGGCGUGUCUGUUCUGAGGCAGCUGGUGUUGGCGGCAAAGGCGUGGGUGCGUGGGAGUACCGUAGGCACGGUAAGCAGUAGUGGUGCUGGGGUACAGGUGGUGUCAGUCCACCAACUGGGUCAGCCUGCUUCACCCACCAACACAUUUCCCAGCACGCCCCACAUAACCCCCGCAACACCUCACAUCAGCCCCACAACGCCCACAGCUACAAGAGUGUGGCUCACCUCCCCAGGUGUGGCAAAUCUUCACCACAUUCUCCUACACCGAAGGGAGGAGCUGAGACAGGCUGUUGGGGUGAGCAUAAUGGAGGUGGGAGUGGGCUUGUGCCAGGAGGCUGCCCACAAAAGCUGCAAAGGUGGGUGUUGGGCGCAGUCUUCAGUCGGUGGACGCUUCGCAGUGGUAGACGCUAAUACCUCGGCAGUGGUGGGGCCCUGGCUAGACGUGCACACCGGCUGUGGUUGCCAAACAGGCUCGACUGAUGACACAUGGGCCACCUGCACUCCCAACACCUGUCUCAAUGGUGGCCGCUGUAUUCCUACUGUUACAGGCACAAGAUGCAUAUGUCCUUUUGGCACCCAAGGGUCACGUUGUAAGAUCCUCAGCAGACACUUCGAGGGUGGGGUUGCCCCCUUGGGUGGCACAGUGGACGCUGUUGCUGGUGGAAGCUGGGCCUGGGUGUCCUCAGUGCCCUCCUGUACCGAAAUUCACUUGAGUUUCGAGAUUCUCACUAGCUCUGAGGAUGCUACACUCCUCUAUUCUGGUCCUGACAACCUGCCUCCAGCCGCAGGGGCUCCAAGCGAUGUGGUAGCUCUGGAGUUGAGGGGAGGCCGCCCUUCUUUACUGCUGGACCUAGGCGCUGGACCGGCCUCCCUUACUCUCAAUGCCUCCUACUCCCUCGCCGACAACACCUGGCACAGACUCGAUCUCAUCUGGAAGGACGAGCUAGUAGAGAUGAUCGUGGACCUAUGCUCUGGUGCCAGCAUUGACGGUCCACCAACCACACCCAAGACAUCAGCUGUCAACGCUUCUGCCACGCCCGCGUCCUCCCCACCCAUCCCGCCUGAUGCCCACACUUGUCGGGGAGCCGCCAGAUUGCCCGGUGGCGCCCACUUGCUAAAUGCAGCCCAGCCUCUGCAGGUGGGCGGGUUGGCCCACCCAGCUCCCCCUCACGCGGUUUAUGGCUGGACACAACCACUCGUUGCUCGCCCUUUGAGCGGGUGUGUCAGGAACCUUAGAAUCAACCGGGAGCUAGUGGACCUCGGCAGAGACGUACUUGGCCAUCGAAGUAUCCCUGGGUGUCCCUCCGUUGAAUGUGCGUCCAAUGGCAUAAACUGUGGUGUCCAUGGCAGGUGCAAAGGCUCUCCAGGGCACCUGAGGUGUGAAUGCCUUCCGGGUUGGACGGGACAGGACUGUGCCUCACCCACCACUCCAUCAGCCUUCCAGAUGAACAGCUACGUGAAGCUCGCGCUCUCAUUCACACCCCUCACGUACACCACCACCGUCCAUCUCAGGUUCCGCACGUGGAGGAGGAGAGGCGAGCUGGUGGUUCUGUCCUCCCAACAUGGCAGGGACACCUUCGCGGUCAAGCUAGUGCAGGGUCGCCUGUGUCUAGUUCUCCAGCUACAUCCAGACCACCCCAGGUCACUCUGCCUCACCAGUGCCCAGCUCACGGACGGACGCUGGCACUCUGUUACUGCAUCCAGGCAUGGCUCGGCCACUAUCCUGACGGCCGACGAUGGGGAAGGUGACCUAUACAACGCAUCUGUCUCAUUGGAGGGACGCCAGCUGCUGGAAGUGGACAAGCAGGAAGGUGUUCAUGUCGGAGGCUCUCCGGAGUACCUGGGUGUGAGUGUCUUCAAGAUCAAGGGCGACUACCGUGAUGGUUGUAUUGACGACGUGAGGAUCUCGGCGAGAAGUGUACCACUUCCCCCAGCGGUCAACAACACCGCUUGGGGCCAGGCCAGCAUGUUCAAGGGCGUAGAGCGGGGCUGUGAAGCGUCAUCCGCCUGCACUAACAUCUCCUGCAAGGCACUCCUCAUAUGCGUCGACACCUGGAGGUCCUACCACUGUGGGUGUGGUGAGGGCCGAGUUCUGUCAGCGUCGAGAACAACCUGCGAGGAUGAAAAUGAGUGCCUUUGGGAACCAUGCCUCAAUGGUGGCACUUGCUUCAACAAACACUCAGGAUACAUGUGCGCAUGUGGGAGCGGGUUCAGUGGGCAGCACUGCCACCUGCCGGACAUAGGGGAAACUUCCCUGAAACUCUCCCUGGGGGCCCUAGUAGCGCUCCUCAUAUGGUGCACCUUCCUACUACUGCUAGUGUGCGCCUUCUUGCUGCAUCAACACAACAGACGGUCAGCACUUCGCAGAGGCAUGGCUGACAUAAAAGAAAAUGUUUUAAAUUGUAAAGAUGAACAGUCAACACCUUGUAAUCACAUGCCAAGCCUUCUGGAGCUCCAGCUGCUGAAGCCGCCCAAAGCUAAUGGGCAGCCCGCCUGCGUGAGGAGCUCAAACAUAGCAGAAGUGGACGUGCUGCAGGUGGACGCCAUCUCCGUCACCACAACCACCAGGAAUGUGCAGAUGGUUAUUGCGGGAGAUGAUGUGGGACACAGGCGCGCUGAGAGUGCAGGAGGCGACGAAAGGAACAGAAGUAGCAAGAACGGAAGCUGUCAAGGAGGGAUCGGGAACUCUCCAGCUGGCGACGACCUGAGAAACUACGCUUACGAAGGUGAAGGAUCUUCCCCUGGAUCACUUUCUUCUUGUCUAGAGAGCUGUAGCGGGAGUGCGAAGAUUCUGGGAGGGUUCCGGGAAGUUGCCCAGAUCCUGGAGUCUUGGGACCCCACUAGUCCUCACUCCAGCCACUCACCCUUCAGGACUACCAGAACAAGCUCAGCAAAGGAUACUACACCAGUCACAACCAUUGUGUGUGAUAUCCACAAGGUUAAUGGUUUGAAUGGUGAUGUGACCACAUCUAAUACGUACCCAGAUCCCCUACCCCCACCAAUCAUAGACGGACUUGCAACUACAGUACUAGCUGAAACCAUGUCAACAGCCAUACCAAUGCCCGUACCAGAACUACCAUGUGCCUUUAAUACCAAAUAAGUGACUUUAUGAUAAAGACUAACCAGUUGUCUAUUUGAGUGUAUAUAUAUUAAAUUAUAUAAUAUAAUGGCAUUAUAUGUCAACAGCAACUGUUUUGGAAUAAUCACAAUUAGUCUCUCUCUCCCCCCCCCCCUCCCCCUCCCCCUCCCUCCCUCCCUCUCUCUCCCCUCCCUCUCUCUCCCCUCCCUCUCUCUCCCCUCCCUCUCUCUCCCCUCCCUCUCUCUGUGAUCAUGUCAUGUUACAAGAUACCAUCUAGAAGAAAAUGAGGACAUUGAAACAGUUGAUAAACUUGAUUUCAAGGGAGGACACUAUGGGAAACUUCAAAUUUUUGUUUUAAUGAGUGUAAUUGGACAGACUUGCUGCUAGGUAGCAAAGUAAAUGAGAUAUAUGCCAAAUUUUGCAAAAUAUACGAUGAAAGCACACAAACAUUCAUACCUAAACACCCCCUCCCCGCUCAGCUCGUUGUCGCCGUGUGGGGGCUUCGUGGGCGGCUGCUGGAGUGUGA